AUGACAAUCGCACAGGGCUAUCAUAACCUCGUCCCUGUAACGAAACUCUCGCCGCCUGUGGAUACCACAGAGCCCUACGACCGUUCCACCCUUUCGGGCAAGACGGUUCUCAUCACCGGCGGCGCCCUGGGCUUGGGCGCGGCUUUUGCCCGGGAGUGGGCUUCCCACGGGGCCAACGUGAUCGUCGGGGACGUCAACGGAUCCGUCGGCGAAACCCUCGUCGCCGCUCUGCGCACUGACAACCCCAAGGGCUCCCACCACUUCGUGACGUGCGACGUGACCUCCUGGGACUCGCAGGUCGCCUUCUUUAAGGAGGGCGCCCGUCUCUCGCCCAACGGCGCCAUCGACGUUGUCGUGGCCAACGCGGGCGUCAACGACCCAGGCGCUAACUACCGCUUCGAGAGCCCGUCGGCCCUCCAGACGGACCCGGACGCGCCCGGCAAGCCGUCCAACACCAUCAUCGACGUCAACGUCACCGGCCUGUCGUACACGGCGCACCUCGCCCUUUUCUGGCUGCCGCGCAACGGCACCUCCAGGGACAGGUGCCUCAUCUUCGUCGGCUCCAUCGCGGGCGUGGGCCACCUCCCGGGCCAGUCGCCGUACACCAUGUCCAAGCACGCCGUGACGGGCCUGUUUCGAUCGAUGCGCGCCACCGCGCACCUGUGCCACGGGAUCCGGCUCAACAUGAUCUGCCCCUACUUCGUCAGCGGUAGCAACAUGUUCCAGGCGCCCACGGAGGCGGCCUUUCUGAGCGGCGGUGCGGGCGCCGCGCGCCUCGACGACGUCGUUGAUGCCACGACGAGGCUGGUUGCGGACGAGGCGAUUGUCGGCAGGGCGCUGCUCGUGGGCCCGCCAAUUGCGGACGGCGAGGGGGCAGAAAAGGUUGCCGUGUGGGACGUGUAUGCGGAGGACUACAUGGACUGCGAGGCGUUUGUCUGGCGGUGGAUCCGGAUGGUGAACACGAUCGAACAUGUCAAGGGCUGGGCUGGGCUGGUCGGUGAUGUGUUUUCGACCCUGACAAAGCCUCUUAUGUGGUGGAGGUGA